CAAGAGCUUGGCAAGAGCUUCUCCGUGUGCCUUCUGGGCGGGGUUCUCUGUUAUAUAAACCCUAACAGAUUUGCAAGCAGAGCAACUGGUCCCAGGCUCCAUUUGGAAACUGAGAAUCUACUGCUGAGCAGACAGCCAGACAUCACGCAACGGACAGAAAACAUGUUUAAAUUUAAUCUUUCAGAGGAAACAUCCAAGAUAGGCAUCACUGCACAGGACACAGUUAAUUCAGCAGGGCAGGCUGUGCAGCAGGUUCUCGAUCAGGUGACAGAAACUGGUCAGAAAGUUAUUGAUGACACCUGCAAAACAGUGCAAGAUACUGGCGAAAAAGCCGUGCAAAAUGUCACCGGUCAGAUAACGGCGUGGGGAAAAAGCUUCGGCGAGAGCGAAGAGAAGAAAAAGGAAGAAAAGAAGAACGUUUCAACCUAAAUGGGCUGGUCUUCCUUUUGGUUUGCCUGGCGCAUUUGAAACGAUCCAACUAUCUUUUUAUGCAUCGGAAAUUAUCUUCCCAUGGCUACCCUACUAGAGGUACUUUACACCUUCAUUGAAGGUUAAAUUAUAUAUUGCGUAAAUUUUGUUGCCGUAUCAAACAUUAAAAAAUUUGUUUCAAAGUGAA